AGACAAGUACACAACAUCCGGUGACGUUACACACAUCUGAGUGUUUUUUGUUCGUCGUGACGACGUUUGGUAGUGAAACAGCAUGCCGAAGGUUAUUUCCCGCAGUAUCGUGUGCUCAGACACGCGGGAUAAGGAGGAGUAUGAAGGAGAGAAGCCGCUGAACGUGUACUACUGCUUGUGCGGACAGAUGGUGCUGAUUUUAGAUUGUCCACUGGAGAAGUUGCCCCUGAGAAAAAGAGACAACGCCCGUGUCAUCGAUGGGUCCAAACAUGCACACAAGGUUACAGCAGAGCCUGGCGAGACCGUCUUCUUGAAAUGGCCAGAUGGAAUUGAACGGCAAUACAGGCAGAAGUGUAAGAAAUGUGGCCUGAGGCUGUACUACAGACAUGAGGAGAAGGGUGGUACUGUGACCUUUGUGGUGAGUGGGGCUGUAGUGAAGGAGGGGAAAGGUGUGAGGAAGGCAGACAUCUACCAACAAGUGGCAGCUGAAGCCAAACCCAAGAAGGUGAUGAUGACAAAGCGCACAAAAGACAUGGGGAAAUUCAGCUCCGUCACCGUGUCUACAGUAGAUGAAGAAGAGGAGGAGAUCGAAGCCAGGGAAGUUGCGGAUUCAUACGCCUCUAACGCUCGGGUAAUUGAAAAACAGUUGGAGAGGAAGGGUAUGGUGAAGAGAAAACUUCAGGAGAUGGCAACUGAACAUGAAAGGAAGAAGGCAAAGGGAACACUGAUUGACAAAUAGUCCAAUGCACAAAAUACUGUAGUAACAAAGUUUCGUAUCACAAUGGUCAUUCAUGUAUAUACAUGUAAGUGAAUCUCCAUAGUAGCACUCACAGUAAGAUAUUUGGAAAUAUGUUUUUGCUGUGCAGAUGUUUUAAAGUUAAAUAUAAAUGUACUAUAAAUGCUUUCUACACCAUAAACCGUCAACUUCUUAUUUUGCCUCUAUAAAUAUCAUUGUAUGACCUUAGCUUAAUGAACAUCUCAGUCAUUUGUAUGUAAAUACAGUAUAGUGCUGCAUCAUGAUUAAAAUACAUUGUGUGGAGUUA